CAAUUUCAAGCCUUGCGGAGAGCGUUGGCAUUUUAUGCGUGCAAUUAAAUUAAAAAGAAGAAACAAAUUGAAGGAAGAGUUAAAGAGGAAAUGGGUGAAGCGUUAUUUGAUCUUGAACAAGUCCUCAGAUCCCAAAAGGAGACGUUGACGCAUCAAGAAAUGAACAUACUUCAAUCUUGCAAAUCGAAGGCUGUUAGGCAAUUUACAUUCGGUGUUCUUACCGGUGCCACUGUUGCCUGGGCAGCAACAUGGAAGCUAAGUUGGUUUGCUCGAGCCAACAUUUCAGGAGGAGCUGCAAUUUUUUUGGGAUUCUGGAGAUUUGGUAAGUCCUUAGAUUCCGGUGUUGAUCAUAUUCUUGCUAUGGAUGGAAGUCGGAUGCAGAAGGAGUUGGCAAAUAUAAUGGUGAAUAAAUAUCAAGAUGAUCCUUGGACAAUGCAACAUUUGAAUGGGCGUUUCUAUUCAGAGAAAGUUUUUGAUGACUCAAACUUGCAUAGGCCCAUAAUAAGCCUUCAAUAUCGAAAUUCAUUUGCUGAUAAUGUUGCAUAUGGUCAAAGGACACAUGACAGUGAUUCUCACGAUGCCUCCCACAGUGACUCUGGUAUCAAAAGGGCUGAUGUGGAGUCCAAGAAAGUUCCUAUGAACCUCGAUGCCAAAGUAAUGGAAGACCCUCUAGAGAGUAUUUUUGGUUUCAUGGCCCCUGUGGAGGAGAUCCAUCACCUUGGUACAUCAGGCAAACCUGCCAGAGUACUUAAUCGUAGCCAUAAAAGAUCUCAUCGUAGGCAUCGGAUGCACCAUCAAGAAGCUUCUAUGAACUCUGAACGUUUGCAGCCACAUCAGAUUUAAGGUUGGUGAUAGACUUGGAGGAAACCGGAGAGAAUGCUUAUUGAAGAUUUGGAAGCCAAACCUUCUGUAGUUAGUUAUCACAUAUGCCAUACUGUUGAACUGGAAUUGUCAGACAAAUUCUGUAAGUAUUGUUCAUUUUACUCCAUGAGCAACUCUGGUGAGCUUAAAUGUCUAUAUGUGGUAUGUUGCAAUGAAUACUCUAUACUGGAGAGUAGAUAGACAUUAAUCAUCGCAUAUGCCUUAGCAGCACAGGUGUUGGAACUUUUCUAUGUU